GAGAACGGGAAAGAUCGGUCAUCGGAGACGGAGAAAGGAUAUUGAGGCGAUUGCUUACAAAAUUUAUAUUUUCCUCACUCUAUAAUAAGUCUUUUAUAUACGCCGCACAACCCUAACCCCCAUCCUAUAGUGACCAAUGCGGUGUAGAGGAGAUCACCGUCCUCGAUGAGACCGUCGGUGAGAAGAUCGACGAUCUCCAUCCUCUUCGUCGCGCUUCUCUGUCUCUGCGCGGCCGCUCCAAUCGUCCUUAUAUCGUUCUUCUGGCAGUUAUCUCCCUCCUUGGAGCAAAAGGAAUUUAUUGGCGGGAGUUCGGGCAUUGUCAAGAACAUCUCCCACUGGCAAUCGGCUGCUUAUCUCAAUUCGAUAGAGCAGGAAGUUAAUGUUGAGAUUAAAGAACCAGAUGGAGUUAUUUUACAAGAUGGUGGAGCUACUGUAGAUAAAAAUGCGAGGAAUUCUUCUUCUGAGAAUCCUCCUGGCUCUGGUUUAGCAAAUGUAGUAUUUACCAGCCCAUCUAAAAAGAGCGGAGUUCAGAAGCGCAACUCAACAUCUCCUGGCUUGAUGAAGCGCAGUUCAACAAGGCCCGUUAUGGAUGAAAAGAUCCGGUUUUUGGAGGAUCAGAUAAUCACAGCCAGGGCUUUCUUGCAGUUCGCACAACCAAGCAGCAAUUCCCACCUUGCGAGGGAGCUGAAACUGAGGAUAAAAGAAAUCGAGAGGGUGCUUAGUCACGCCAGUAAAGAUUCUGAUUUGCGUAGGAGUGCCUUGCAGAAAAUGAAAGCAAUGGAAAAUACUUUGUAUAAAGCCAACAAGGCUUAUCCAGAUUGCAAUGCAAUGGCAUCAAAAUUGCGUGCCAUGUCAUAUAACACUGAAGAACAACUCAGGGCACAGACAAAUCAAGUUUCUUAUCUUAUUCAGCUUGCUUCACGUACAUUCCCUAAAGGUCUUCAUUGCCUGACAAUGAGACUAACUACAGAGUACUUUGCUCUGCCACCUGAAAAGCGCCAACAGCUAUACAGCCAUAAGGUUCAGAACGCAGAUCUUUAUCAUUAUGUUAUUUUCUCAGACAACAUAUUAGCAUGUGCUGCGGUGGUGAACUCAACCAUUGCGAAUUCCAUGGAGCAGGAGAAAAUAGUCUUUCAUGUGGUUACUGAUUCAAUUAAUUUCCCGGCAAUGAUGAUGUGGUUUCUGAUGAACCCACCUAGAGAAGCCACAAUUCAAGUACUGAACAUGGAUGAGUUUGAAUGGCUUCCUUCAAAUUAUGGUCUAACAUUUGUGCAGCAUGGUAUCUCAGACCAAAGAUACACAUCACCCCUCAACCACCUUCGUUUCCAUUUGCCCAAGAUUUUUCCAUCGCUGAACAAAAUUUUGCUUUUGGACCACGAUGUGGUGGUGCAAAAGGACUUGCGGAGGUUGUGGAGUGUAGAUAUGAGGGGCAAAGUUGUUGGAGUUGUGGAUACAUGUACAAAUGAUAUCUCAUCUCAGCCUCUGAAAAUGCUUGUUAACUUCAGUGAUUCAACAAUAGCAAAAAGUUUUGAUCCCAAAGCUUGUGUAUGGGCUUUUGGUAUGAAUAUAUUUGACCUGCAAGCCUGGCGUAAAAAAAAAUUAAUGAAGGUGUUCAAUAAGUGGCAUCAAGUGGGAAUAGGGAAGAAACUGUGGAAAGCAGGGAGCUUGCCAUUGGGCCAGGUUAUAUUUUACAAUAACACUGUUGUGCUGGAUCGACGAUGGCACUUGAUAGGCCUUGGGCACGAUUCAGCACUAAGUAGUAAGGAUAUUGAGAGGGCAGCAGUUAUCCACUACAGCGGACUCAUGAAGCCAUGGUUCGAUAUUGCCAUCCCAAGCUACAGGGGCUACUGGAAUAAGUUCAUUGAGUUCAAAAAUCCUUACCUGCAGCAAUGCAACAUUCACCCAUAGUAAAUGGUGGCGGUACUUAAAUCUCUCUCGCUUUCCUGAUCUCUUUUUUUUCUGCAACAUUCAUUGCUUUAAUUUACUAUUACAUCAAUUCAACGUUCUUAUGUAUAUUUUGCUUGCAUAGCCGAUUUGAAAUAUAGCUCACCCAAUUCAUUUUACCUAAUUUCUGAUAGAAAAAAGUCUCAGGGCUUCACUUCAUUUGUAGUUCAGCAAGAUUAGUUAGGCCAGUAUAAUUCAUGUAGAAGAACUUGUACGAUUCUUAACUGAUAUCUUGUUUUUUGUUACUAAGAUUUGCUAGUUUGUGAUUGUA